UCUUUUGUGAGUCAUCUCCUUUUAAGCUGUGAUUAUUUUAUAGCAAAAAAAUUCCUGACCCACUGAAAUUUCUUUUCCAGGAAUUUCUAUAAAAGGGCCCUGGAAUGGUUCAUGCCAAAACCUAGCAUUAAGCAUUUCGGCAUGAACAAUUCUUCUAAUAGCUAUAGCCCUGGUCCUGAGAUUCCCUUGAGAGAGCAGCAGCUCUCAAGGUUCUCCCAAACACUUCAAGAACUCAUGGCUGUGUCUGCAGUUGAAACCUCCAGGGAGCAGGAAAUGCUCGACCUGGAGAAACAAGGCCUCUCAGAUAGGACUCAGUGGCUGCUUAAUCCUCCUGAACCACCAGGCUUACUCAGGGCUUUCAAGGAAACUGUUUCACCUCUUGGAAACAAACUGCAAUCUCUCAAGAGACAGUCUAGGCCUCAGCGUGUCGUCUCAGUGUUGCAGGAAGUGUUUCCUAUUGUCUCCUGGUGCCAGGACUACAAGGCAACAAAAUUUAAGAAUGAUUUAUUGGCAGGUCUCACUCUUGCCAGCCUCUGCAUUCCUCAGAGUAUAGGAUAUGCAACUUUGGCAAAGCUUGCUCCUCAGUAUGGCCUUUACACAAGUGUUGUGCCACCUCUCAUUUAUGCUGUAAUGGGGACUUCAAGAGAGAUAGCAAUUGGACCAGUUGCUGUAAUUUCACUGCUUUUAUCCUCAAUGGUGCAGAAACUUGAAGAUCCUGUGGCUAAUCCAAUUGCAUACACAAACCUUGUGCUCACUGCAACCUUCUUUGCCGGCCUGUUCCAGGCUGCCUUCGGACUUUUCAGAUCAGGCUUUCUGGUGGACUUUCUGUCCCAUGCUGCCAUAGUUGGGUUCAUGGCUGGUGCAGCCAUAGUCAUUGGUCUUCAACAACUCAAAGGGCUACUUGGAAUCUCUCACUUCACAAACAAAACUGAUAUUAUUUCUGUCCUGGAAGCUGUGUGGAGAGCAUUGGAUCAUCAUUAUUGGAAUUCUCAUGAUUGUAUUCUUGGUUGCUCAUUCUUGAUUUUCAUCCUGACCACCAGAUUCCUGGGUAAAAGGAAGAGGAAGCUCUUCUGGUUGCCAGCCAUAGCUCCUUUGAUCUCAGUUGUUUUGUCAACUGUUAUGGUGAUUAUAACAAGAGCUGAUAAACAUGGAGUGAAAAUAGUGAAGCACAUCAAAGGAGGAUUAAAUCCAAGCUCAGUUCAUCAGCUGCAAUUCAACAGCCCACAUGUUGGAGAAGUGGCUAAAAUUGGACUGAUUGUUGCCUUUGUUGCUCUCUCAGAAGCCAUUGCGGUUGGCCGAUCUUUUGCAUCCUCCAAAGGCUACCAUCUUGAUGGUAACAAAGAAAUGGUGGCCAUGGGGUUCAUGAACAUUGUGGGAUCCUUCACUUCCUGCUAUGUUGCAACUGGUUCCUUCUCCAGAAGUGCUGUGAAUUUCAGUGCCGGUUGUGAAACAGCUGUGUCAAACAUUGUGAUGGCCAUCACCGUUUUCAUUUCCCUGGAAUUUUGCACAAAGCUCUUGUAUUACACACCAGUAGCAAUCCUUGCUUCAAUUAUUCUUUCAGCUCUUCCAGGACUCAUCGACUUCAAUGAAGCUUACAGGAUUUGGAAGGUUGAUAAACUAGACUUCCUCGCCUGCAUCGGUGCCUUCCUUGGCGUCGUCUUCGCAUCUGUGGAGAUCGGUCUUCUCGUCGCGGUGACAGUAUCAUUUGUGAAGAUUAUUCUGAUAUCUAUUCAAUCGGGCAUAGAAAUCCUGGGGAGGCUUCCAGGAACAGAAGUUUUUUGUGAUGAGAAUCAAUAUCCCAUGGCAAUUAAGCCUCCAGGGCUGCUGAUAGUUCGUGUUAAAUCUUCUUUGCUUUGCUUUGCAAAUGCCAAUUUUGUUAGAGAAAGGAUCAUGAAAAGGGUGAGUAACAAAGAAGAUGGAGAAGACACCAAAGAAAAGGAUGGAAAAACUAUUCAGCUUGUUCUUCUUGACAUGUCCAAUUUAAUGGAGAUAGACACAUCAGGAAUUGCUUCCUUAGAGGAACUUCAAAAGCACCUUGACUCAAAGGGAAUAAAGUUGGCCAUAGCCAAUCCCAGAUGGAAAGUCAUUCACAAGCUAAGGCUUGUCAACUUUGUUGGCAAAAUUGGAGAAAGGGUUUUCCUGACUGCUGGAGAAGCCAUGCUUGUAGAUCAGAAAUAAACUACAAGCCAUCUCAAGCCAAUAAUGCUUCUUUUAAGAUAAGAUCAAUGUAAAAUAAUCAGAAAUAAUUAGUGGGAGAUUGUGGCUCUAACUCUCUCUUCAGGAUUUUGUCAUGUAAUCAUCAGAGAGAAGAAGCCAGAAAAUCAACCAUUUUGUGUGCUUUUGGUGUACUUUUAAUCAUUGAGUUUCAUGGUGUUUUGUGAUAUAUUAAGAUGCAUAAUUCACAAACUUUGUUCA